AAGCUGUUCGCAGUCUUCACGCGCUUUCCACAUUGCUGCUUUUAAUAAUUCACGUUCGGGCAACAACAUGAUCGGGCAGAAGACUAUUCAUUCAUUUUUCUCACCGCUUUCCAAAAAGAGGUCUUGCAAAGACUUAAACGAGCAGGAUGCGAAGGACUCGAGGAAGCGCAAGUCGUCGGAGGUUGAGGCGGAGCCCUCCGGCUCCCGCUCGGCUCCUCUGUCUCAGGAGCAGCUGGACCUGAUCGCCCGCAACAAGAAGGCGGCGUUGCAGAGGCUCUCUUCCGGUUGGACUCCUACCGGUUUUGGGGAGAGCUGGCAAAAGGCACUGGCUGCUGAGUUUGGGAAACCUUAUUUCAAACAGUUGAUGGAGUUUGUCAACGAAGAGCGGAAACAUCACACUGUGUACCCGCCCGCCGACCAUGUCUUCACCUGGACGCAGAUGUGUGAAGUCCGCCAUGUUAAAGUGGUGAUCCUUGGUCAGGACCCGUAUCAUGGUCCAAACCAAGCCCACGGAUUGUGUUUCAGCGUCAAAAGUCCUGUGCCUCCACCUCCCAGUUUGGAGAACGUGUACAAAGAGCUGGCGACUGACAUUGAAGGCUUCCAGCACCCUAGGCACGGAGAUCUAAGCGGCUGGGCCAAACAAGGUGUGUUGUUGCUCAAUGCCGUGUUGACGGUGCGUGCGCACCAGGCCAACUCGCACAAAGACACGGGCUGGGAAACGUUCACCGACGCCGUUGUGCAGUGGCUCAGCGACAAUCUGGAGGGCCUGGUGUUCGUUCUGUGGGGGGCGUACGCUCAGAAGAAGGGGGCCACCAUUAACAGGAAACGACACCACGUCCUGCAGGCGGUGCAUCCGUCUCCCCUGUCGGCUCACCGUGGAUUCUUUGGCUGCAAACAUUUCUCGAAGGCCAACGAGCUUCUGAAGAAAACCGGGAAGUCACCUGUUGACUGGAAGGCACUUUAAACUGUUGCACUUGUCUGCUUUUUUUUCGCACCAUGUUGAGUAACUACACACACAGACUCCUCUAUAAGCAUGUCUACGUUUUCAAAGUUAUCUUUCGAUAACAUGUUUUCACUAGGAACUCUCUCAACGUUUGUGGGAAGUUCAUUUAUCGCCUUUCUUUUUUUGAUACAUUUCUGUUGUACUUGGAGUUUUAGUGUUGCAUGUUUGUACAAUGUGGCCUUUUUUUUUUUUUAUACAAAAAUGUUACUACCUCUCACAUUUGUUCACCUGUGUGGCUCAAU